AUGGAGCAGGAGGCGCGGCAGCUGGAGGCCGAGUUCCUGCAGCGCGUGCAGUGGCGGCCGCGGUCGGUGAGCGGCUGGAGCCUGCCGCGGCUGCUGUGGUACCUGGUGUUCCUGCAGCCCGUCAUCACCGAGGUGCACCUGCGGCGCAAGAACGUCAAGUUCCUGUUCAUCCGCUUCAGCGCCUGGCAGUACGAGGGCUCCGACAAGCUGUGGGCCGGCCUGGUGACCACGCUGUGCGAGGGCAUCCGCCACCACUACGGCCCGCUGCCCUUCAGCGUGUACUCCGUGCUGGGCAACAAGCCGGCCACGUCGCAGGGCUUCGGCCAGCGCGAGUGGCACUGCCGGCGCCGCGUGUGCCUGGCGCUGGCGGCGCUGCUGGCGGCGCUGGGCCUCGGCGUGGCCCUGCUCUACCUGUCGCUGGGCUCGCACGCGCUGGUGCCGGGCGCGCACGGCAGCGCCAUGCGCGUGUUCGGCGGCGCGGCCACCACGCUGUCGGGCUCGGGCCUGCUCAUGGCCGUGUACUCGGUGGGCAAGCACCUGUUCGUGAGCCAGCGCAAAAAGAUCGAGCGGCUGGUGUCGCAGGAGAAGUUCGGCAGCCAGCUGGGCUUCAUGUGCGAGGUGAAGAAGGAGGUGGAGCUGCUCACCGACUUCCUGUGCUUCCUGGAGAUCUACCAGCGCUGCCGGCUGCGCAUCGUGCUGGAGGUCACGGGGCUGGACACGUGCUACUCGGACCACGUGGUGGGCGUGCUCAACGCCAUCAACACGCUGCUGUCCGACAGCCACGCGCCCUUCAUCUUCAUCCUGGUGGUGGACCCCAGCAUCCUGGCCGCGUGCCUCGAGAGCGCCGGCUCCAUGAAGGGCACGGCCGACAACGGCUACCUCUUCCUCAACCGCACCGUCACGCUGCCCUUCUCCGUGCCCGUCAUGGGCCACCGCACGAAGCUGCAGUUCCUGCACGACGCCGUGCAGAGCCGCGACGACCUGCUGUACCGCGAGAUGACGCGCCAGCUGCGGCCGCUGAGCCCCGGCGGCGACGAGGGCGCGCAGCUGCUGGCCGUGGAGAUGCAGGCGGCGGGGGCCGAGCGCUCGCAGAGCCUCAUCGACGCCGAGGCGGCGCGCCGCAUCCAGGAGGCGCUCUUCUGCCUGCACGACGAGCGCGACUGCCUCUACGAGUACGUGCCCGACAACCUGGUGUUCAUGCGGCGCAUCGUCAACACCGUGCCCAUCACCCUGCGCCUCCUGCAGCAGCAGCAACAGCGGCAGGACCUGGUGGGCCCCACCCCGCGCCAGGCCGUGGCCUGGGUGGUGCUCGCCAACCAGUGGCCCUGCCGCCUGAGCUGGGCGCUGCAGUGCCUGGAGGACCGGCAGCAGGCCGGGGGCGCGCCCGACGCCCGCGCGCGCCUCUGGGACGUGUUCCGCGACAACAGCCGGGAGCUGCACUCGCUGACCAAGGAGCUGCACAACGUGCUGGACCUGGACGGCGACCCCGAGCUCUUCCAGCGCUUCCUGAGCGCCGACUUCCCCUUCACCGUGGCCGAGGCGCAGAACCUGCUGCGCUGCACCGUCAACCUGGACCACUCCAUCCGCCGCCGCAUGGGCCUUCUGCGGGCCGUGCUAGCGCUCAAGCCGCCCAGCCCGCCCAAGUCCCCGGCCGGCGGCGACGCCCCCCACGCUGCGAACGGGGCCAACCACCCCCCUGCUCCCGCGGCCUGCGCCGCCAACCACGACCCCCGGGCUGUCCGCGCUGCCGCCAGAGCCAACCAGGCCGGAGAGGACGCGCACCCCCGCAUGACGCAAAGGAACAAGCCCAGACCCGUGGCUUGA